AUGGCCACAGACAAAGGCAUGAACUUGCAAGAACAGCUGGGUCGCGCAUGCCCAGCCAGCCAAGAAGAUUUUGCUGCUGUCCUGCUUGAUGCUACUGCCUCUCUUCCCUCCCUCUCUCCUACUAUCUCAGCCAAUCCUUUUAAAGAGUAUACAGCCCUCGAUGCAGUCUCGGGAGGGCUCUCUGCAGAUAGCAGGCACAGCCAAAUUGAAGGUGAAACAUUUAAAGCCACUACAAAAAGUGCACAAAAUCCAUUCCUUGCUGACGAUGCCGGUGAGGUUGCUCAACAAAAGAGCUCAGAAGAAGUGCCCCCAUUCACCGCAACAGAGCCCUUCUUUUUAUCUCAGACCAAGGAGCCAAAAGGCAGUAAAGAAAGUUUUGAUAUAGAAAAGUUCUCCAUGUACCAGCAGGACUCAUCCCCAGAGUCGCCUGUCGAAUUAUUUGCAAAGAGUGAUAAGGAUGUACCUCUUGACCGGCAGCAUGAUAUUGAUGAUCAGGUUGAAAAAGUGUCUUUCAGAGACGACCCUUUUGCAAAGGAUGAGUAUGUGGAUUUCAAGCCUUUUGAGCCACCAGGGGCUGGUGACAAAAGCAGCAGCUUGAAGGAUGUCCCUAGGAAUGAGGUGGAUGGCAAAUUAGAAAGUGGCAUAGAUAAAUAUGAUGUAGAGAUGUCUAACCCUCUGCCAAUAGAAAAGAACUUUGAAAAAGAGAGUGGAAGCAGCAAUGAAGACAUUUCGUUCCCCAGCACUCCAGAUGCCCCAGAAGAACCUUCACAGGCUUAUGUCACUUGCACCAAGUUUGAAUCGGCUGUAGCAACUGAGGGCAGCGCAGCCAAGAUGCUCCCUCUGGUAGAAGAGCAGCCUUCUGAAAAUAAAACAGAUGAGAAAAAAAUAGCAGAAAUGAAGGCCCAUUUAGUCACAGAACCGAGUAGUACCCACAUUGAGUUGGCUAGUGGCCUGGGCCAGAAAGCUGACUCUGAGAAAUCAGAAGACCUGCUGAAGAAGCUUGCUGCUGCUGCUGCUGCUGCUAACAUGCCUGAAGGGCUGACUCCAGACUUAGUGCAAGAAGUGUAUGAAAGUGAGCUUCAUGAUGCAGUUAGCCCCAAACUUGCUUAUGAAACUAAGAUGGACUUGGUUCAGACUUCUGAGUCAUCACAGGAGCCAUUGCAUGCCUCUGUACAGCUUUGCCCCUCCUUUGAAGCUGAGUCUGAAGCAGCUCCAUCACCAGUCUUGCCAGAUAUUGUCAUGGAAGCACCACUGAAUGCAAGCACUGUUGGGAUGGGUGGUCCUACCAUUCAGCUUGAAACCUCCCCACUGGAAACCUUUACUGCUGCAGGUGACUAUGAGAAUGUGAUGCCGAAGUCUGAGAAACCUCCUUCCUAUCAGGAGGCAAUGAAUGUACCGGCAGCCCAGACACAAGAAACCAAGGCAGAAGCUGCAAAGAAGGAACCUGAUGAUAAGAAAGAUGAAACCCCAGAAGACUUGGAGACUUCUUAUAUAUCCAUUGCAUGUGACUUGGUUAAAGAAACAAAGGUCUCUAAUGAAUCUGCUUUGACAGGGUUUGUAGAUUAUCCCAAGGCAGAACGUGUUUCACAAGCUGUGCCUGAACCUCCUGAGCAUCUUGAGAAAACACCACCACCAUCUGGAAAAAGCGACUCAUUUUCUCAUCAGCCAGAAAUUGAACUUGCUCAGAAAAAGAAAGAUGAUGUGAAAGAGAAACCACUUGAAACUGCCAUCAAUAUUGUAUCCAAGGGCGCUGAGGAGCAGAAACGUGAAGAGGUGCCACUCUCUCUUGGCAAGCCCUACUUGGAGUCUUUCCAGCCUCAAGUGGAACCUUCCAAAAAUGUGCCCCCUGCUUGGUCUCUGGAAGCAGAAGCUGCAGACCUGGCUAAGAAGGAGAAGACUGCCCAGCUCCGCAUGGAGGAACUUAAUGCUUAUGAAGAUGAUUUCCCUGUUUCUGAGGAACCCAAAGUCAAAGACAAAAUUGUCCUAUCUGCGGAAUCCUCUCCAGAAACCGAUGACUUCCCCACAAUCCCUUAUCAAGCUGCUAAGUUGGUCACUGGAGCUACUGAAAAGGUUGAGUUAAAGGAGAAUGAAAGUAGAGAGUCUUGUGAUAUGGUCAAAAUGGAGGCAAGUCAGCCUCCUUACCAAGAAGUAGCCCAGGACCUGUCUUUAAAGAAUGUACAUGUCAAAAUAGAAGAGCGAGAGCUUGCCUUGGGAAAACCCUCUGAGAAACUGGACAGAGAAGUGCCUGAAGCAGCCAAGGAACCUUUACCCCCAGCUGAUGUUACCCCUUUGCCUGCACAGAAGAAGGUAGUCAGUGUAGACAAGGAAGCUGAGAGAAGAGCUGCCUCUGUUAAAGAAAAGGAGAAAACACUGCAUGUGUUUUCAUCAAAGCUGAGUAAACCGUCAGUGGUUGACCUUCUGUACUGGCGAGACAUUAAGAAGACAGGCGUGGUGUUUGGAGCAAGCUUGUUCCUGCUACUUUCUUUAACGGUGUUCAGUAUCGUGAGUGUGGUUGCGUAUAUUGCCUUGGCCCUCCUGUCAGUGACCAUCAGUUUUAGGAUAUACAAAGGAGUUAUCCAGGCAAUCCAGAAGUCUGAUGAAGGCCACCCUUUUAGGGAUUACUUGGACAAAGAUGUUGCUGUGUCUGAAGAGCUGGUCCAAAAAUACAGCCACGUUGUGCUUGGCCGCAUCAACAGUACCGUGAAGGAGCUCAGGCGUCUCUUCCUAGUGGAUGACUUGGUGGACUCCCUAAAGUUUGCAGUGUUGAUGUGGGUAUUCACCUACGUCGGUGCCUUGUUCAACGGUCUGACAUUGCUGAUACUGGCUCUGAUUUCGCUCUUCAGUAUUCCUGUUAUUUAUGAAAAGCACCAGGCUCAAAUUGACCAUUAUGUGGGACUUGUGAACAAGAAUGUCAAAGACGCAGUGGCAAAGGUCCAAGCAAAAAUCCCUGGACUGAAACGCAAAGUUGAAUGAAAACAAAGAAGCAAAUUUUAUUAAAAUAGGAGUUUGUCUUUUAAGUGGGGAGGGGAGGCAUAUUCAUUCGGAUCAUGUGGGGAGGGUCAGGGAAUAGCAAAACCUUGACAUUGCAGUGCGGUUUCACAGAUCUUUAUUUUUUAGCAACGCAGUGUUUCGAGGGUGGGGGGAAAUAUCCUGUUCUUGACUGCCAUGUGCGUUCAUCAUAAGUAUUUUAAGCUGCUACAUAUGGAUUGAAACCUAAUCCUCUCUGCUUCUCCCGUGUGCAGCACUGGUUAGCAUAACAGAUUGGAGAGUUGUACAUUUUAUGCUUUGGUCAAGGCAGUCUUGCUGCGUUUCAAGAGCAUGUGCUGCAGCUGGAGUUCUGGAGAACACUUCAGUUUAGCACUGCCUCUGGUCUGUGUAGAUUGCAUUUUUUCUAAAAUGAUGUUCAGAAGAAUAUGCCGUUAAAGCAGGCUUGAAAAGCCCUGCCCUUUGGUAUUGAGUGUAGCUGUAUUGUGCUUUUUAAUUUUACUGUUUUAUCAGUUGCCAAUAUAAAAAUUAUAUAAAUAUAUAUAUAUAUAUAGUGUUUCACAGCAGCUUAGGCUGCCCAGCUCCUCCACAGUGCUUGAAAUAUCAGACAACUGAACUGAUUAUGUUUUUUUUUAGCUCCGUGAUAUGUAAACAAAUCUUCAGGAAUCACUAGCCUCUAUUAAACAGAAACCAACUCUCUGCACAUUACACAAUUUCUGCCAAUAACCUUUGCUGCACAAACCUCCUCUAGUCUAUUUUGAGCAAACAAGUUUACAGUCUCUCAAACUCUGAAUCUGUGGAAGGAAUUUCUGAAGGUGUGGCCUGAGAUCUCUGCAGGUAGAGCAAGGAAAACCCAGCAUGCUUGUUCUCCAUUGUGCUCGGACUCCUCAGCAUCUCUGCAUGGAUCAGCGGGUUGCGCCCCAAUGCUGCAAAUGUCGUUUGAAAAUUUCAAACUUGGUUAAUGCAAGAAAUUAAAAAUGAAAAUGUAUACACUUGCGGUUUAAGCUGUAUUGAACUAAGUCUGUGGAAUGCAUUGUGAAAUGUAAAAACAAAAUUCAAGUAUCAAUAAAGGCUAUAGACCUAAAA